AUGGAGGGACUCCUGAAGCGAACUAACCGUCCCAACAUGGCUGCGUCAGAUCCCUAUCACAUAGUUCAACGCGCAAUACCGAAAGAACUGGGCGUUGAGAUUGUGGAAACAAUUCCGCGGUACAAAGAGGGUGGUGCGUUCGUUAAGUACGCGCGCAAGCCAGGCAUUACAGACGAUGAUAUCAGAGCGGAGGUCCAGAAAAGCCUUGCACAGAACCCAAUCAGACCAUGGUUCAACCCAUUCCAGACCGCCAGUAUAGACCUGGUGAAUGGAAAGCCUUGGAUCGAGGACCUAUAUCGAACCCCUAGUAAAACCUUGAAGGUCGAAUUCCUCCCUCAGUCGGAAGGGGUACCCCCGGUAGAGAUGAACCAAGAAGCUCUUUAUUCCCUAUUCCGUCCUUUCGGAAAGCUCCUGGAUAUUCAACCGCAACCUUCUGAUUCCAAGCUCGAGCCAAGAUAUGCUAUUUUACGGUUCGCUCAAGCCCGCUCCGCGAUCAUGGCCAGAAAUUGUUUGCACGGCUAUGCUGCUUUUGAAGAAGAAGGAGGCGGCAAGUCUGGUACAAGAUUCCGAAUCAACUACGAGCGCAGGGUGAGAUUGGCCACCAUCAAAGAUUGGAUUGUCAAUCAUCCCCGAAUUGUGAUUCCUGUACUUGCUGCUCUACUCGCCACAGCCACCGUCGUUAUCUUUGACCCCAUCCGGACAUUCUUUAUCAAAUUGAAGAUCAAGUCGACACACCAUCUUGAAGAGAAUGCAGUCUUCCAGUGGGUCCGCCGCCAAGCGAGCAAGGCCAACAAAAUCUAUUUUGGCCAACGUAAAGCUGAUCCUCGAGGAUUGACCGCAAUUUGGGAAGACCGCCAAGCUGAUAUCACGCAACUCCAAGCCUGGCUUACAGAGACCGCGGAAACAUUCAUCGUUGUGCAUGGGCCUAGGGGUUCCGGGAAACGAGAACUCGUUUUUGACCAAGCGCUCAAAGAUCAGACUUACAAAGUUGUGAUUGACUGCAAGCAGCUCCAGGACGCCCGAGGUGAUACAGCAAAGAUUUCUCGGGCGGCAGCCCAAGUUGGCUAUAGGCCUAUCUUUUCGUGGAUGAACAGUAUCAGCAGCUUCAUUGACCUCGCAGCUCAGGGUAUGAUAGGAACGAAAGCUGGGUUCUCUGAAACCUUAGAUGCUCAGCUUAGCAAGAUUUGGCAGAAUACCGCCAGUGCUAUGAAGCAAGUCGCUUUGGAAGGACGUCGCAAGACUGACAAGGAUUCGCAUCUCAGUGAUGACGAGUACCUUGAGGCUCAUCCGGAGAGAAGGCCAGUCGUUGUGAUUGAUAAUUUCUCCUACAAUGCAGAGGACAGCGUUGUGAUGGACAAAUUGACAGAAUGGGCAGCUGGUUUGACAGCAGGAAAUAUCGCACAUGUUAUUUUCUUGACGACCGAUGGGUCAUUCACAAAACCACUGAGCAAAGCCCUUCCGAAUCAGGUCUUCCGCACGAUCGGGUUGGGUGACUGUUCUCCAGAAGUUGCCCGCCGGAAGAUGACCAAGCCGAAGCGAAACCAGAGGAGGAAUCUAGAUGGCCUCGAUGAUUGCAUCCAUAUUCUCGGUGGUCGUGUUACUGAUCUGGAGUUCAUGGCGCAUCGAAUCGAAGCAGGGGAGACCCCGCAAGCUGCUGUCAACCGAAUCAUCGAGCAAUCAGCCUCUGAAAUUCUGAAAAUCUUCAUUUUGGGCACAGACAUUGACACCUCGCCCCAAUGGUCUCGUGAGCAAGCGUGGCAUCUCAUCAAGUCACUAGCACAAUCUAAAGAGGGCUCACUGCUCUAUAACAAGGUUCUCCUUGCAGACCUAUUCAAGGAGAAUGGUGAAGCCAUUCUUCGGGCGUUGGAGCAAGCAGAGUUGAUCACUGUUGGGUUUGAGAAGGGCUAUCCUCGAUGGAUCAAGCCCGGAAAGCCUGUCUACAAAGCGGCUUUUCAGCAACUCGUUCAAAACAAAACUCUGGAGAGCCGCCUGGACCUUUCGGUAUUGGGGCAGUUGAUCAGCAACGAGAACAAGAACAUUGCCAAGUACGAGGAGGAAUUGGUCAAGCUUGGCUCCCUCCUAAGUAUCCGUCGGAACUUUCAUCCCGGCUUCGGUGGCUUCUGA